AUGCCAUUCGGAACGAAAAAAGUCUACCUUCCAAAUUUCACCCUUGGACUCGUCCGAACAUCCCACCUCCCACCAAACUACGCACAAUUCAUCGUUCCCCUGAACAUUAACAAACUAGAUCUAAAAGACUACCUGUUACACGCCUACAAUGUCGAAGUCCUCUCCGUAAGGUCCUUCAUCCAGCAACAAAAUAUCAAGCGGGCCAAGGACAAGGAUCUCAGCCGGCCGAAAAUUGAAUGGUAUCGGCCCCGAGCAAUCAAGAAGAUGACGGUGGAAUUAAAGGAGCCAUUUGUGUACCCGCCUGAGCCCGAGGACCUAUCACCGUGA